AUGCCCCCCAAAAAGGGCCGCAAAUCCAUGCCAGCGCACAUCAACGCUUCCACUUUAACUCCCUCCCGACGGUCACCUCGAGUUCCUCCUUCAAGCAAAAGCAUCACAGAGAGUGCUCAAUCCUCCAAAACCCUAGCCAUGCCUGCCGCAACUCCAUCCGAGAACACCAGCAACUUCCGCUACUACAACCCUAAUUCCCCUUCAACCAGUCACCGAUCCCGCCCCUCAACACCAGAAGCCCCCUCCACACGUCGACGAGCCUUUCAGUCACGGCCUUCACGUCUCUCCACGGUACACACACCUGCCGCGGACACACCGAGUUCCAGUCAAGGUAGCCGAAUGACACGGCGAAUGACGGCUCUCGAAACCCCCAACAACCAACUGUCAGACAACGAGAUCCCAGACAGCGUGGAAACCACAAGCUGGUCAUACAAUCAGUACAUGGGCGAUUUGGGACUCAACGGAACAACGGACGAUCCCACAUCACCUACUAGUGCCUCUUCGCUUGGGACCAGAUCAGCCCGGGUCCGCAAGCCCACUAUGCGAGCAAUGGAGGCAUUGGAAUCUGGGCAGAAGAAGGCCCGUGUCAAACGCUCCCGACUUUCCAGUCCAUCCAAGGACACCAUGCAGCGAAUGGCCUCGGCUAGGGCUGCGAAGAACGCCAAAAAUGCGAGACGAUCAAAGAAAACGAAGAAUCUGGACAAAGCGCAGAAGCCUGUCCGCAAAGGCGCCAACAUCAAUGUGGAUGUGGCUGGAAAGAAGAUGUACGAGCUGGUCGUUCUUGCCCUGACCUCCGAUAUUGAGCUCCCUUCGGCCCCGACCCAAUUUUUCGCGGAGAAACGGAGCGAAUUCGAGCGACAGCAGCUUGAGGCUCUUAACAACGAUGACCCAACCUCAGGAGAUGUGGAAAUGAAUGAAGGAGUGGCUGACAACGUGCCCGAAGAAGUAGCUGAAGAAGUAGCCGAAGAAGUUGACAGCACGGGUACGCACGCCUUCCAGAAAUACGCCAAAAAGUCAUCUCCCCAGAUUGAUGCCGAUGGCUGGACUCACACUGGUCGCGUCAAUGAACACGGCGAAGAGAUUGUCUUGAUGCCGCCGCACCACAACCCGUAUCGCUCACCCCACACCUACGUCGACGAGAACCUUCCUAUGCCACCCGUGCGAGCCCGAUCGGACUUGCAGGCCCAACGUGAUGAUGCUAUGGGAUACCCGCCACUCCUGGGCGACCGCAACAUUCCAUUCGAUGUGCAGUCGCAGUUCUUGUGCGAGGACGUGUCUGAACAAAAGACACGGGCGCAGGUCCGCGACGAGGCCCGACGAAACCGAGCAAGGUCGAUCGAUACCCCCGCCAUCACCAAAAAGCCGCGCGCCCGUAAGCGUCGUCUGGCAGAGUCAGCCACCGCCGAGGUGGAUGCCGCCCCUCCCCACCGCAAUGCCAACCAGAAUGGCGAUUGCAAGUCCAAGAGACGUCGUCACACUGAGCCGGAACCAACUGCAACUUCUGUCACCACCCCUUCUCCCAAGACCUCGACCACCAAAGCCGCCAAGAAGGCGAAGCAGUCGGAACAGGCGCAGGUGACCCCUGGGGAAGACAAGAAGCCGAAGGUGCAGCGGCUUCGUUUGACUCUGAAGCCAGCCGACGAUGAGCCUGAGGCCCCGACCGAGGAACCUCCAGCCAAGAAACCCUUGGCUGUCACCAAGGCCAAGAAGCGCGGCGCCGUCAUGGAGAACGAGGCCGAGCCCAAGCGACAGCGUGUCGCCUUCAAGCCCGAGGCAGAAGGCCCGGUACCCAAUCAUCGCCAGCGCGCAGCAACCACGACGCCGACCGGGGCCAAGGGCAAGAAGCAAGAGGCAGACGCCGCUGUUGAGCCGAAGAAAGCGCUCAACUCAGAGAAGAAGCCAGCUUCGGCAAAGGGGGACAAGGGGCAGAAGUCAGGUGAAAGGAAAGCCAACGGCAAAGCCGACGCCUCACCCAAGCGUCGACAGGGAGUGUCUAAGCCUGCGACCCCCAACCCCGAGUCGGAUGCGGUGGCCAAGGGACGUGGUCGUGCCUCGUCUGUCCCCACGGGACGUCGAGGCCGACGAGCCAACUAA